CUACACAAAGCGAUUAUAUUGGCAGCUCUGCUAUACCGAUACGACAAACUUCGUUAUUCUUGAUUGUCCAAACCAAUUGUGAAUAUUGCAUUGUGUAAUUGGUCACAUUGAUCGCAAUCUCUUUGUAUUUUCUUAACUUUAUUUAUUAUUAUCAGCUUAAAUCGAUUUUCCAUAGCAUAGUAAAACAUGUCUACAAAAUCUUCGGUGGAUUUGCGAGCAGAAUUGGCAGAGUUAGUGAAACGCAAAGCUGAAAUAGCUGAUACAUUAGCUAAUUUGGAACGUCAGAUAUAUGCCUUUGAAGGGAGCUAUUUAGAAGAUACACAAUUAUAUGGAAACAUAAUAAGAGGCUGGGAUAGAUAUCUGGCGAGCAACAAAAAUACUAACAGUAAAGCUGAUAAACGUAACAGGAAAUUUAAAGAGGCUGAAAGAUUAUUUUCCAAAUCAUCAAUUACAUCUAUGGCAGCUGUUAGUGGACUCGUAGAGAAUACACAAGAAAAAAUUGAACGAUACAGCGAGUCGGAGUCUCAGAUUGGAAAUAGUGGCAGCGAGGACAAUUGCAACUUUGGCAAUACGAAUGCCCUCUCUUCCAGCAAUAAUAAGGAAGCUAGUGGGAAAAAUCAUACCUCUAUUCAAACAGGAUAUGUCCCAAAUAAUGGCACUCUUAAUAAUUCGGACAAUGCCUCAAAUGUUCAAUUUACAAAUGGAUCGAUAUCCAACGGCAACUUAGAACAUGUUACCACACCCGUCAAAGAGUGCCAUAGCAAUAGCAAAGAUUCUAGUAAAAAUAAAUCGACAAAUAGCGCGAAAAAGAAUAGCAAUAAAAGAUCUCGAAAUAGGUAGAAAUCAUUCUAACGAUGAUGUAUUAAUGUUACGCGCACUAAUUCUUUUUUUUUUUAUGAAAACGAAUAUUGUGUUCAUCAUUAAAAGGCUUAAAGAUAAAAAAAGGUCCGAACACUAAAAGUCUGAUUUUUGUUUAACAAAAAUUAUUCUAGCAAGUUUUAAUAACAAUUUUUUAUUUUUCCAAGUUUUACAUUUCUAUCUUCCAAGUUUUACAUUUCUAUCUUUUGGACCUCUUUUUAUGUUGAAAUUUCCAUGACGUUUUUUUACUUUUAAUAUAUUUAAUAUUUUCAAUGUGUUUAUUGCAUAAAACCCGUAAGUUAACAAAGGCAUCUAAGCGUCUGCUUUUAUAUAACAGAAAAAUGUUUGACACAUUUUAGUUUACGAAACUAUAUUGAACAUAUGAUUAAAUUAAUACUUUUAUGCAAUGUAAGAUAAAUUAUUUUUUGUUACACGUAAUAUAGUAUAUACAUUCCAAAAAUAUAAAUUAUAUUUCUUGCAGUAUUAAAAAGUUAUUUGAAGCUUUUCUUCCGGCAAAACGUGCUAGGUUAGAAAAUAUUUUAAUUAAUAUAUAUUCUAUUAAUAUACAUAAAACAUCUUAUUUAAUAAAAUGUGUACUAAUUCAAAAUUUUAACUCAAUUCUUAUUAAUCACUUUUUAUUAAUACAAAAGGAGAGAGAGCUAUAGUUAUCCAAUAUAUGUGCAGAUUAAUAUUGAACUCUCAAAUCUCAAAAGUAUUAUAUAUAGUGUUAAUGUUUUUACAUCAGUUGUUCAUAUUAAUGUUUUUGGCUUUUAAUAUAGUAUGUGAAGU